UAAGUAGCCAUCCAUAUCCAUGUUGUUAAAAAAAAAUUGACAAAUUAAAAAAUGGGUAACAAUGUGAGUACUGCUACAAACAAUCGUGAAUUAGUGGAGAACUUGAUAGCCUCUAAAUAUUUACAAUCAAAUGAAAUUGCUGAUGGAUUUAGAAUUGUCGAUAGAGGAGAUUAUGUAUCACCUUCAAAAAGAGAAUUUGCUUAUGCAGACUGUGCUUGGAAGUAUAACGACUUACAUCUUUCAGCUCCUUCAAUAUAUUGUUUUGCGCUAGAAACUUUACAAAUAAAGCCAGGCAUGUCUUUUUUAAAUAUUGGAUCAGGUACUGGUUACCUAAACACCAUAGUUGGAUUGCUGGUCGGGGAAUACGGUAUAAAUCAUGGCAUAGAAAUAAAUAAAGAUGUGAUAGCCCAUGCCGAAGUGUGUAUUGAUAGUUUCAUGGCAAAUACUUUGCCGCAGAUAAAAAAUACUAGUUUUUGUAGACCUACACUUACACAUGGUGAUGCAUUUGCGAUACUUCCCAACAUGUUAUAUGACAGAAUCUAUGUAGGAGCUAAAUGUACAGAAGUUAUGUCUAACUAUUUUAAACAGUUUCUUAAGGUUGAAGGCUGUUUAAUAUUACCUAUAUCAAAUUGUCUUUGCUUGAUACAACGAUUGACUUCUAAACUGUUCCAUUCGUCACUAGUGACUGGAGUAUCUUUUGCAUCUUUAGUUUCAAAAAGUCCAAAAGAUCCAGCGGGAGUUAGAAAUAUUGCACCUUUUGGUUGUCCAUUGACUUUAAGAGAAUCGUGCAGAAAGAGCAUUCGAGACUUGAUAGAAAAAGAAACACUAGCCAGAAUUUCAGUUGAUAAAGAUUUUCAGAAUAUCAAUGAUACAAGUGAAAAGUUAAAAGACAAAGAGGUAAAAAGUAUUUUUCUUUCCAAAGUGCCAUGUAUUCGAGCUGAUCUUGUAUAUGAAAGAAGAAUUCAAAGCAAUAGUACAGAUGGUGAAAAUGGAACACAGCUAAGAAAAAAUAAUGUUCAACUCAAUAUGUCUGAAAAAGAUAUAGAAACUAUUAAAAGUGAGCACAUGAAUAAUUGUUCUACAUGUACAAAGUACAUUAUUCAAGAUAAUCAAGCCCAACACAUGGAAUCAGAUGAUGAAAAUCCAGUUGAGUCACUUGAAGAACUAGAAAUGGACAUUGCUAGGUUUCGAGAUCGAUUCCGAUGGUUACUAGAAAAUGUAACCAUUAGAGAUGAAUUUAUUAGAAGGCAUCAAGAAUCCAUUAGACAUGAAUUUAUUAGAAGGCAUCAAGAUUUGGUAUUAGAAAGACAGGGACAGAAUGGGACUGGGAAUAAUCAAAAUAAUGACGAUAUACAGCCUCAAAAUGAAGAUAAUAAGACUGAUGAUACAACUAAUAAUUGGCAAUUAAUAGAUUUGCAACAAGAUAUUACAGACUGGAAUGAUAAUGAAAAUGUUGAAGCUGAACAAUCAAUCACCAAAUGUAAAACUAUAAGCAAAAAUUUAAUCAAAGAUAGUUCAACCAUAAAUAAUGCAUCUUGUUCACAUGAAGAAAAGGCUCCAAAACGGUCUUCAGAUUUUGAUAAUGAGAGUGAAUCAAAACGUUUUGGGACUUCUCAAAGUAGUAGUGAUGAGGACGAAUUAGAGUUUCUAGAUGACAUAGAUGAUGAGAAAUUACCCUCAUCAUCUUCAUCUUCAUCUUCGUCCUCUACAUCAUUCACUUCUUCAACAUUGGACAGCCCCCCAAAUACAGACACAACAGAUUCAAUGGAAUCAAUCUAUGCAUUUUCAAAUCAAAAUUUAGCGCGACAUUUGCUAUUAGAUCCUGAUGACGGUCAAAACGUUUUUCUUACUUACCAACAGAAAAAAGAACAAAAAACACAAGAAUCUAAAAUAUCAAAGGAAAUUUCUAGCUGGCCUGUUUAUAAGCAGUUGACAUUUAUUAAAAUUUUUAAUAAAGUCGUUGAUGAAUUGCCGCUACCUCCACCCAUUAAAAACUAUAUCAUGAUCAUUGAUUUGAAUUACUUAGUACGCUAUGAUUAAAUUAAAAUUUGUUUUAAGUUAAAAAUAUUUAAUUAUUCAAAAUAGUGUCCUAGUUUCUGAAGUAUAAAAAAAAUUGUGAUAAAUAACAGGUUUAUUUUAUAAAUUGAAAUGUAAUAUAUAUAUAUUGAGAAGUAAACAUUAUAGUUAUACAGCAAUGGUUUAUCUUCAAAAA